AUGAUAGCAGGAUUUGGCCUUGCUGAGAACAGUUCAGUUGUGUUGGUGGCCAGUAUGCUCAUAUCUCCACUCAUGGGCCCAAUCAUUGGCUUUACAUUUGGGAUUGUGAUAAAGAAUCGUGAACUGUGCAAGUUGUCAGUGAGGACAGAAUUGAUCGGACUAUCCAUCUGCCUUGGAUAUGGUUUCCUGUUUGGCCUGAUAACGGGGGCGAUAGAUAACACAAGUGCUCGGUAUGGGGCUGAUGGUGUCUGGCCAACGUAUGAGAUGCAAGCGAGAGGUAUGUUGAGAAGUUUGUGGGUUGGCAUUUUCAUUGCCCUACCCUCUGGGGCCGGUGUGGCCCUGGCCAUCCUGGGAGGAAACACAGGGUCCUUGGUGGGGGUUGCCAUAUCCGCUUCGUUGCUGCCUCCACUUGUUAAUGCUGUAAUUGGUUGA